AGCAAUUUGGACAACCACGAGAAUGAUAUAUUCCAGAAUUAACAAAUAAAAUUGGACAUUUCCCAUUUUUCCACCUUGAUUUUCCUCUCAAAAAUACUAUGAAAUAAAUAGUGCUGGACAUGAAACGAAAGCCCUGCUUACCCCACACUUAACAGCGAAUCAAAAUUCAAAAUUGCCGCCAAUAUGAUGAAGAAGCUACUGGGCAACGCCUCGAACAAAAAUCGCACUCUCAAGUUCGAUGAGGGUAUCAAUCUGGACCAGAUCAUUGCCAAACUGAAACUGAUUGGGGAGUAUGGUUCCGUGGUUCAGAUUUCCGUGCGGGAAAUCGAAGCGGUUUGUUCUCAGGCCAGGGAAGUGCUGCUAAAGCAGCCGACUUUGCUGGAAAUUCCGGCUCCGAUUAACUUACUCGGAGAUAUACACGGCCAGUUCCUGAACCUGUUGCGCUACUUUGAGUCCAACGGCUAUCCGCCGGACUCGGUGUAUCUGCUACUGGGUGACUAUGUGGACAGGGGCAAGCAGUCCAUCGAAACACUGACCCUGCUGCUGGCCCUCAAGGCGAGGCAUCCGACCAAGUUCUACCUGCUGCGGGGUAACCACGAGUGCUCCAGCCUGAAUCACUUCUACGGAUUCUACGACGAGUGCAAGCGGCGGUAUACGGUGAAGUUGUGGCGCACCUUUGUCGAUUGCUACAACUGCCUGCCGCUGGCGGCGAUCAUCGAGGAUAACAUAUUUUGCUGCCACGGCGGCCUGAGUCCCCAUCUGUUCAGCAUGCAGCAGAUAAGGGAAAUCCCUCGACCCAUCGAAAUCCCCGAAUCCGGCCUGAUAUGCGACAUUCUGUGGUCCGAUCCCGAUCUGCGCAUCAUGGGCUGGGGUCCCAACGAAAGGGGCGUCAGUCACACCUUCGGCUCGGACGUGGUCAGUGCGUUCCUGCACAGGUUUAAGUUGAAUCUCAUUUGCCGGGGCCACCAGGUCGUCGAGGAUGGCUACGAGUUCUUCGCCAAGCGGCAGCUGAUCACCAUUUUCUCGGCUCCAAACUACUGCGGGGAGUUCGAUAAUGCCGGGGCCAUGAUGUGCAUCAAUCGGGAUUUGUUGUGCACUUUUCGAGUUCAGAGGCCCGUUUUAUCGGAGCAGAAGCGACUGUCGGAAAAUAUUGUUUAAUGGUUGAAAGAUUCGUCCAUUUGAUCAUUGCAAACUAUGUUGUUCCACAAACUUAAUGUUCUUAUGAAGGCUAUUAUUAGGCUAUAUUUUAUGAUGAUUAUUCUGUGAUUACGUAAUUAACUGCUGCAGUUUCAAUGCAAUUAAUCGAAAAAUCCAUUAAAUUAUAUAUCAACAGUCCAUAAAAAGCCA